AUGACGUCCCCGCCCACAAUACAACCCAAGUUCCUGCCAAACAGGCAUGAUCUGGGUAUCGUCGCCGUCGGCUUCAGCGGCGGCCAGCCCAAAGCCGGCGUAGAUGCCGCGCCCAUGGCACUCAUUGAAAAUGGCCUCAUCAAGCAACUGGAAGAAGAGCUAGACUACAAUGUAACCUACGACGGCCAAGUACAUGCCUACGCCGAACUGCAACCCGCCUCUGACCCCGACUAUCGCGGCAUGAAGCGCCCCAAGUUCGCCUCUGCCGUAACAAAACAAGUCAGUGACCAAGUCUACGCCCACGCCCUCUCCGGCAAACUCGUCCUCACCCUCGGCGGCGACCACAGCAUCGCUAUCGGCACCGUCUCGGGCACCGCAAAAGCCGUGCGUGAGCGCCUAGGCAAGGAAAUCGCCGUCAUCUGGGUCGAUGCCCACGCAGACAUCAACACGCCUGAGACCUCCGACUCGGGCAAUAUCCACGGUAUGCCCGUGAGUUUCCUGACGGGUCUGGCGACAGAGGAGCGCGAAGAUGUGUUUGGUUGGAUCAAGGAAGAGCAUCGGCUUAGUACGAAGAAGCUGGUUUACAUCGGUUUGAGGGAUAUUGAUAAGGGAGAGAAGAAGAUUUUGAGGGAACAUGGUAUCAAGGCGUUUUCCAUGCAUGACAUUGAUCGGCAUGGUAUCGGCAAAGUCAUGGACAUGGCGCUGGGUUGGAUCGGAAGCGACACCCCUAUCCAUCUCUCAUUUGACGUCGACGCUCUCGAUCCCAUGUGGGCGCCUAGUACCGGCACGCCUGUUCGUGGUGGUUUGACUCUCCGUGAGGGUGACUUCAUCGCCGAGUGCGUUGCUGAGACUGGUUCGCUUAUUGCCUUGGAUCUGGUCGAGGUGAACCCUAGCUUGGAUGCCGAGGGUGCGGGAGAUACAGUCCGCGCUGGUGUUUCCAUAGUGCGUUGCGCGCUGGGUGAUACGCUUUUGUAG